AAGACUUAACUUGUACGUACUUUCAGGUAUCACAGAAGGAGAGUUGGUUGGCCAUGUGUUUUCGUUUUUUGUCGCCGGACAUGACACGACUGCGACCACAGCCGCAUUCGCCUUUUAUGAAUUGUCAAAAAAUAAAGAAAUUCAGGACAAACUGUGGCAAGAGGUCGCAGGAGCCGCCAAGGAGAACGAAGGCCUGACCUACGAGGCGGUCAAAAAUAUCCCUUAUUUAAAUCACGUCAUACAAGAAACUAUGAGAAUGUAUCCGAUUCUGGGUAUUUUAAAAAGGGUCUGCACCAGGCCGUACAAAUUGGAGGAUUUCGAAAUACCUCUCGGCAUGGAGGUGAUCAUACCAGUCAGAUCGUUACAUUACGACCCUCGGUAUUUCGAGGAACCGAGGAAGUUCAAACCGGAGAGGUUUGCCGAUGGAAAACCCCCUGAGAUUUACAUGCCUUUU